AUGCGGCUAAUUACUCUGACAGCUUGCCUGACGCUUCUAGCGAGCUCGGUAUUGGCCCAAAGUUGUAACAACGGCCGGGGUUUUUGCAAAGGCGGACGAUGCGAGCCUAAUAACGACCCGAGCGGCGCUGGCCCGUUUGUCGGUAACUUCAAGGAAUGUCAGACUGGAAACGGACGAUCUCAAGUCGACGACUUCAUCUUGGGAGGUGGUAACCAGGAUGCUGAAGUCAAUGCUGGCGCUGCUUGUAACAAUGGUAGAGGAACCUGCAGCACUCGCGGUGCUUGCGAACCUAACAACGACCCCAGUGGCGCUGGACCAUUUGUGGGAACUUUUGAGGAGUGCUUCAGUUAG